AAAAUUCAGACUCAAAUUUGUCAACGGUAGAAAGAAAUGUUGGAAAGUGAUGUCGAGACUAGUGGAGAGAAGAUAAUGGUUAUCGAAAAUGCCUCUGAUGUGAAUGGAAAAUUGGGGUCGUACAUGAAGGAGAUUCUUAAGAAGGCAGUUAAUGAACGAGGCGUUGCUAAAAUUGCUCUUUCUGGUGGUUCGAUGCCUGCUAUGGUAGCACCUCUAUUAGCAAGAUUAGAGGAUAUUGACUGGCCAAAAGUUCGGAUAUUUGCAGCAGAUGAACGGAUGGUUCCACUAAGUGAUACUGAGUCGAACACAGGAGCUUAUAUGAAAAUCCUACCGUCCAAUAUAAGCCAAUCACUCGUACAUUAUGGGCCCGUGAACAACACAUUACAGUGUGCGAAGAACUAUGAAGAACAAAUACAUCACUGUACUACAGAGACGGAAGAAGGCUGGCCUGUAUUCGAUUUAUUGUUAUUGGGGAUUGGACCAGAUGGUCAUACGUGUUCCUUGUUUCCUGGACACCCAGUGUUAAGGGAAAAUAUCAGAUGGGUUGCAAAUGUCGAAGAUUCUCCGAAACCACCACCAAGACGUAUAACUUUAACGCUACCAGUUAUUAAUCAUGCCAGAUAUGUGGCAUUUAUUUGUACUGGUAGAAAGAAGGGUGAAUUAAUACGGGAAAUCAUGAGUGGUCAAAAUUCUAAUUUUCCAGCCGCAAUGGUGAAGCCUAAAUCAGGCAACAUAUCUUGGUUCAUGGAUAAGGAAGCAUUUGUUGCAUGUGGCGCCUCUGGUAUUUGUCUAUGAUAUGUUGUUAUUUUUAUCAUUAUGUAUCUUUAUCAGUAAUGAGA